AUGCCCGUACGGUAUGCUCUACCGCUGUUGCUUCUUCCCAACUUGGACGAGCUUACUCUUGUCGCAUGGGGUGGCAAUUACGACAUUCCAGCGAACGAACAUGAAGUCGGUUUUGAAUACGACGACGUAGCCGGCUUCACCAUUUUCGACCGUAAGUGGUGGUGGCCGUACCGCUCAUCGCCUAUUACCAAGCUGUCGCUGUUCAAACCAGUUGUCUCUGAGAUUAUGGUCCAAAACAUGAUAUUUGCGUGCAAGGCUCUGGAGCGAUUCAAAUGCUUUCACCCAGUACGCUCCACCCCGGACGAUCGGUGGUUUGGGGGUCUUGUUGAUACACUGACUGAUCACAAGGAGAGUCUUGAAGACUUAUCGUUGCUGUGCAGGCAGCAUGGCCCUUCAUUAGAGAAUACCGGCUUGGCUCAGCUUGCUCCUCUUUCUGAAUUUACCAACCUCAACUCGGCCAGGGUAUCUCUGUAUUUGGUUUCUGAUCCGGGGUCAACCCUGAAAGCUCAGUCUUUGCCUGCUUUUUUCCCGCCAACCAUCAGAUCGCUGCAUAUCCACUAUCCCCGUGAGCCAAACGACCAAGUUGAUCAACAACUCCUCGACAUUCUCAUAUGGUACAAGGACGGUACCUUGCCGUCGCUCCAAGAUGUAUACAUCACAUGGGUAUACUAUCAGCGCGGAAAGGGAGAAUACGAUCUCCAAGAACGACUUCAGUCGCUGGUACAAAUCAAAAGGCAAUUCGAGAUGGCGUCGAUUACGUUUGACAUUAUGUUGACGAUUAGAGACGACAAAAGGACCAGCAUAAAUUGGCCUAAGCUAGCCAGUUUAGGACUGGUGAUGGACGGGACGCACCUGAGCACUGACCCCUAUGAUGAACCUGAUCAGAAAAGUGUCUUUGUUGAUUUUACGACCUCUCCUAGUCGCUACACGGCGCAGGAACUACGGGAUGAUCGAGAUCAUUGGCCUUUCUGGUGA